AUGCAAAUGUAUUAUCAACCUCAGAAUCAAACUCCUCAAGGUAAACGUCUAUCAAUAAUAACAACUUUCCGAAAAAAAAUAAUUUUAGGAUACUAUCAAACAGUUCAAAAUCAACCCGUUUUUGCACCAGUUUAUGUCACCUCACCAAAUAUUUCCUAUCCACCUCCAUCAUUGCAACAAAAUAUGGGACCUCCCACAUAUCAAAUGCCUACUCCAACACCGCCAUUUGUUUAUACAAACAAUGAUUCAGUUCCUCAAAAUUCAAUAAUGACCAGUGAGUUUACAAUUAUAUCAAUUUACAAAUGUAUCAAUAAACGUUUCUAUUUCAGGCGAAGCUUAUAGACACUUACAACAAUCAAUCCGUGGUCCGAUUGGUAAUCAAUUCUAUAUAGAGCAACCUGUUUUACCUCACAAUAAUGUAUUAACAGAUUCUAUAAUAUCACGUGGAUAUGGCUUCAAUGACGUUCAUCAACCCCAAACAUUACAGAAAAAACCAAAUGCAUCUCUUCUUGCAUUCAAUGGUAAGAAAUUAAAAAAAUUUAAAUAAUUCAAGUUCAAUAUAUUUCAAACAAUCUAGUAAUUAUCACUCAAAACUGAUCAAUUAAGAAAAAAUAUUUAAUUUUAGAAAAUGAUGAACUGGUUCCAAGAACUGAAGGAAUGCAACCUGCAACGGCUGAUAGAUUCCAAUCCGGACCAAGCACUGAAAAACGAUCCUCUAGUGACACAGGAAUAUCGGAUUGUUGUUCAGUGCAAGAGAAUAAAAGUGAAUUGGAUGUUGAAACUGGUGAAACUGGUGAAACAAGUGGAAAGCCACCGUCAUUCACAGAAGAAAAGUAUGUUUCAAUAUUGUUUUUUAAUAUUCUGAAACAAUUUUUGAUUUAGCUUUCCGAUGUUUGGUUCGAGCAAUGAUACAUCAAGUGAAAUCACUUCGAUUGCAAAUUGGUUAGUUGAACUAUUCCAAGUGUUAGAUCAAAUUCAAUUUUUUUAGCACAACUAUUGAAAAUACCAGGAUCACAUUUGCUGAAAAGGCUAAAGCAAAUCAAGACAAACAACAAAUUGCAAAUCAAAACAACGUGCAAAUAAAAAGGUAUACCAGUGCAACAAAAAAUUCAAAAAAAUUUAUUUUUUUCAGUACCAACACUCAAGUUGCUUUGGAAAGAGAAACUGUUGAAAACGAAAAUGUUGAAAUUGAUCAGUUAGUUCUUAAACACAAUACAUUGCUGGAUUUUUCUAAAAAUAAAAAUUCAGAUCUCCAUCGUCUUCGACUCCUCUCCCAAUACAAAAUAGCAAUCCAGUUGUCAUUAGAACAAUAAUUGACGAUGAGGAGUAUUUUGAUGCUAUGUAUGAAUUUCUAUCUCACUCUUAAACAAAUCUAAUUACUUUUCUAUUUUCAGGGAAUAUGUCGAACAACCAAAGGUAGUUAAGGAAACCAAGAAAACUUCGAAGAAAAAAACAAACGAAUGGGUUGUUCCAAAACCGUAAGUGGAUUCGUCACAAAUUGUAUUGAAAAAUCAUAUUUUUACAGAUCGAACUCGAGAGUUGAAACAACUCCAAAAAGGGCAAUCGAAGAAGAGAAGCCCAAGAUUCAAGUCAAAAAUCGUUUUGAUUUGUUGGAUGAUAAUUAA